GAAAUAGUUGGGUUCAAAUAUUUGUCAAACUUAAACCCUACUACUACCCUUGUUCGAACAAAAAAACUACUAGUUCCUCUGUGAAUCUUUGAAGUGGAAAAAGACGCACUUAACGAGGGAAAAAAAUGGAUUCACCGAAUGAAUCAAUGGCGGUGAUGGAACAACAACGCUUAACUGAAUGGCGUGUGCACCGUGGUCCUUACCUUGGAGACAUCUCAGCUCUCUGUUUUCUUCAUCUUCCCAAUCAAUCUCUUCCUCUUCUACUUGCCGGUUUAGGUUCGGAAAUUAUGUUAUACGACUUAGAACUUGGAAAAAUUAUUAAAUCCUUUUCGGUUUUCGAAGGGAUUCGCGUCCACGGUAUCACUUCUAGUUCUGAACAUGUCAUUGCUGUGUUUGGAGAAAAAAGAGUUAAACUAUUUAGCAUCUCAUUUGAAAAUAAUGAUUAUGAGAUGCCACAUUUAAUGCUGAUUCAUUUGUUGCCGAAAUUUGGUCACUGGGUUUUGGAUGUUUGCUUCCUCAAGGGAUGUUUACCUUGUUCGAAUGUGGAGAGCGAUUUUCUUGCUAUAGGAUGUAGUGAUAAUUCAGUUCAAAUAUGGGACAUUUCCAACUCUAAUAUGGUUGUAAAGGUUCAAUCACCAGUACGAUGCCUUCUGUACUCAAUGCGAUUAUGGGGUCAUGAUCUUGAAGUUCUCCGAAUUGCCUCCGGUACAAUAUUUAAUGAGAUUGUUGUUUGGAAAGUGGCCCCUCAACAUGACAAAUCUUCAAGAACUCAAGAAGACCAUGACCAUCAGGGCUCCAAUUGCAGCUCACUAAAAGGUAAUCUGUAUGAGGCUGUUCACAUUUGUAAACUUGUUGGACAUGAAGGUUCAAUCUUCCGAAUAACAUGGUCGUCUUGUGGCUCUAAACUGGUAUCUGUUUCUGAUGACCGUAGCGCACGUGUCUGGUCUCUUCCUAUUGGAAAGGAAGAUUCACUGUACCAUGAUCCCAUUGCCCUUGUUUUGUUUGGACAUAAUGCUCGAGUUUGGGACUGCUGUAUUUCCGAUCAUUUUAUUGUCACUGUCAGUGAGGAUUGUACAUGUCGUAUAUGGGGAAUUGAUGGUGAACAGCUGCAAGUCAUUAGGGAGCACAUUGGAAGGGGUAUAUGGAGAUGUUUGUAUGACCCAAAUUUGUCACUUCUUAUAACUGCUGGGUUUGACUCUGCUAUCAAGGUGCAUCGGCCUCAUGCUUGUCUGUCCAGGGGCUUGGCAGAAGAACAAUUGUCCCCCGGAAGUACAGAGAUGUUUUCCAUUUCCAUCCCUAAUGUGUUGGAACAUAUUGGAUUGACGGACAGCAAGAGUGAGUACGUUCGUUGUUUGCGUUUUUCCUCUCAGGAUUCUCUUUAUGUUGCUACCAAUCAUGGUUAUCUCUACCAUGCUAAAUUAUGUGAGGCUGGAGGGGAUCAGUGGAAUCAGCUUGUCCAGGUCAGCAACGGGGCACCAAUUAUCUGUAUGGAUUUUUUGUCCAAGGACUCAUUUGAACUUGGAUGUGGUGAUGAGGAUUGGAUUGCCAUUGGAGAUGGUAAAGGAAAUAUGACAGUUAUAGGAGUUACUAACAAUGAUUGUACUCCUACAGUUACAUUGAGCUUUACUUGGCGAGCUGAAAUGGAGAGACAGCUCUUGGGUACUUAUUGGUGCAAAUCUUUGGGAUGUAGGUAUGUCUUUACAGCGGACCCUAGAGGAGGAUUGAAACUGUGGAGGUUGCCCGACCCUUCACAGUCUAAUAGUCAGAGCUCCCCGAGCAGUCACAUUGUGUCACUUGCAGCGGAGUUCAUAUCAAGUUAUGGAAUGCGGAUAAUGUGUUUGGAUGCAUGCACGGGGGAAGAGGUCCUAGCAUGUGGAGAUCUACGUGGUAAUAUGGUUUUGUUUCCUUUGCUAAAGAGUUUGGUGCUGAGCACAUCUGUUGGACAAGAGAUGAAAAUACCCCCAGUAAAUCAUUUUAAAGGAGUACAUGGGAUUUCAAGUGUCUCCAGCGUUGUUGUGACUAAACUUGGUUACAAUCAAAUUGAGAUACGCUCAACUGGAGCAGAUGGUUGUAUAUGCUAUCUAGAAUAUGAUAAAGAAAUGCAGAAUUUGCAAUUUACGGGGAUGAAACAAGUGAAAGAAUUGACUUUGAUUGAGCAUGUCUCUGUUGAUAACAACUCGGAAGGUACAACAUCCAGAAGCUAUGCAGCAGGUUUUGCAUCUGUAGAUUUUAUAGUAUGGAACUUAGUCAAUGAGAAUAAGGUAGUGAAAAUUCCAUGUGGUGGCUGGCGCCGUCCUCAUUCCUAUUUUCUAGGUGAUGUACCAGAGAUGAAGAACUGUUUUGCCUUUGUUAAGGAUGAAAUGAUACAUAUACAUAGACUCUGGAUUGAUGAUAAAGAUGCUAAAAUAUACCCUCUGAGUUUACAUAUGCAAUUUCAUGGGAGAGAGAUACAUUCCUUGUGCUUUAUACAUGAAGAUAUGCUUCUUGGAGAUAAUUAUAAGCGUCCAUUAUUUUCUAAUUCAAGUUGGAUUGCAACUGGAUGCGAAGAUGGGACUGUGAGAUUGACUUGGUACUCUCCAGGUAUUGAGAAUUGGUCCAUGUCAAAAUUGCUAGGUGAGCAUGUUGGAGGAUCAGCUGUAAGAUCAAUUUGUUGCGUCUCAAAACUACACACCAUUCCAUCAGCUACAACCGAUGUACCAGAUCGGAGGAGUGAACUAGAUGCUGCUGACGAGGAUGAAGAUAAUCCAACCUUACUGAUAUCAGUGGGUGCAAAGCGUGUCUUAACUUCUUGGCUACUUAAACAUAGGAGGCUGAACAACAAAAUUGACUACAUAACUGAUAAUCAGCAAAAUUCAAAAGAAGUUCACGAUCAAUUUUUGUCAAGGUUGUCGUCUUCAAUGACGUUCCAGUGGCUAUCCACUGACAUGCCAACCAAAUAUUCAACUACACACAGAUAUGCAGAUAAUAAUGUGAGGAAAGUAGCUGCUGUCGCUGAAAAUGUUUCUAAUAUAAAAAUUGAUGCUGAACCUGGAUCACUGAUUUCUGAAAGGGAAACAGUGAACUUGGUCAGAGAUAAACAUGAGGAUGACUGGAGAUAUCUUGCAGUCACUGCUUUUCUUGUUAAAUGUGCUGGUUCCAGGAUAUCUGUCUGUUUUGUUGUUGUUGCUUGUUCAGAUGCUACAGUUAUGUUACGGGCUUUAAUUUUGCCCUUUCGCUUAUGGUUUGACAUUGCAUUACUUGUCCCUUCAUUGGCACCUGUUUUGGUAUUGCAGCAUAUCAUCUUUCCCAUACUUAAGCCUUGUAAAGAUAACACCCAUGUUGGAAAUGCUUACAUUGUGAUUAGUGGAUCUACUGAUGGGAGUGUUACAUUUUGGGACCUGACUGACAGUGUUGAAGCUUUUAUGCAGAGAGUUUCAGUUUGUGAUAUAGAGAAGCUUUUUGAUUGUCAAAAGCGUCCACGCACAGGGAGAGGAAGCCAGGGUGGUAGACGGUGGAGAUCGUGGAGAUCUUUAGACAAUGGCUUAUGUAAAAAAGGACAAGAUAAUGAUCUGGUGACUUCAAAAGCCAAAAACAAGACCGAAAACAUAAAUUAUACUGCACAUGGGCCCUAUUCAAUGCCAAAUAAAUCUGAAGACAGCAAUAUUGUUUGUUUUCAGGCCAUGCAUACAGCUUCCCCUGAGUUAGAAAUUAGGAAUGAUAAUUCGUCGAUGGAAAUAUGUGAAAUACAGCCUCUACGCCUUUUGAAGAAUGUUCACCAAUCUGGUGUCAACUGUCUCCAUGUUUCAGAGAUAAAUGGUGGGCAAAAUAAUGAUAAUUGUCAUCUGUACAGCAUAAUUAGUGGGGGUGAUGAUCAAUCACUUCAUCAUCUUGUGGUUGAGUUAUCACCUAAAACAAUAAAUCUUGGUGAUGGGAUUUUAACCCCAGAUAUAACAACACAUUUGGUCCCUGAACCUGAAUAUGCAAAGGACGACAACUUUCAAAAUCAGAGUAGAACCUACAAGAUCAGAUUCUUAAAUUCCCAAAAGUUUCCUUCGGCCCACAGCUCUUCAGUGAAAGGUGUCUGGACCGACGGAUCUUGGGUGUUUUCGACUGGACUUGAUCAGCGGGUCAGAUGCUGGUAUCUUCACCAAAGUAAACUAAUUGAACGAGCACACCUAAUAGUUAGUGUUCCGGAGCCAGAAGCGUUAUCUGCUAGGGCUUGUAGCAGGAACCAUUAUCAGAUUGCUGUUGCUGGAAGAGGGAUGCAAAUAGUGGACUUCUCCGCAUGCUAACACAAAUUAUGACUGCUGUGAGGAUUAAGUGAUUAAUGUUAUUUUAUUCUAUUUUUUCAUCAGAAUAAUUAAUGGAAGUUCAGUUUUUUCUGCCUCGUUCAGAUGUAUCUAUUUCUAAUCCUGCUGAUAUUCACUAGGAUUGGCAAAAGGGUCUGUGGUUGAUCCAUUCCCCUGAAAAUUGUAUUGGUAUUAGUUUAGCUGUUCAUCAUGUACAUCUAUGAUGUUGGGAAUAUGCAAUGUGCAAUUCGAUUUGAUAUACAUCUGUUACUGGUAUAAAUUAUUAUAGAAUAUUAGAAAUUAAAAUUGCACAAUUGCCAUACUUGAAAAAACAAUAGUGAAAUAAGUAAACAACAUUUGAUCUUCUACUUUCCAU